CCAGGAUCUAGUGGGGAACAGGAUCUCUUGCGUUUGGACCGUAGGAUUAGCACAGCAAGUGACCAUCACUUGGUGUGAGCGAGUCUGAGAGCGGUGAGUGGUGACGAAGCCGGCGGUGGCUGGUGGCUGGGUUCCGUGUGCUCGCGACUGAACAAGAAAAAAUCCGAAAAUUCAAAGAAGGUUACGACAAAAUAUUCAGAAAACCUGCAUCGGAAGUGAAGUGAAGUCUUCCUUCUCGUGUCAACGAUCGCAUCACUUUACGAGUCUUAAGGUUCUAAUAAAAAAGGUUGAUCAGCAUAAGGAUGGAGCUCACUAUUACACAGCCUGAUGAUUGGCAUCUUCACCUCCGUGAUGGUUCCCUUCUUGAAGCUGUCCUCCCUCAGAGUGCAAAGCAUUUUGGAAGGGCUAUAGUGAUGCCAAAUUUGAAACCACCCAUCACUUCCACGGCUGCUGCUAUCACUUAUCGAGAGUCCAUUUUGAAAGCAAUACCUAAAGAUAGCAACUUCACUCCUCUCAUGACACUUUACCUCACAGACAUGACUACUCCUGAUGAGAUUAAACUUGCAAAAAAAAGUGGACUUGUUUAUGGUGUGAAGUUGUAUCCUGCCGGUGCUACAACAAACUCCCAAGAUGGUGUUACAGAUCUUUUCGGAAAUUGUCUUCCUGUUCUUGAGGAGAUGGCUGAGCAAAAUUUACCAUUACUGGUUCAUGGAGAGGUUACAAAUUCAACCGUUGAUAUUUUUGAUCGGGAAAAGGUCUUUAUUGAAACAAUUUUAGAGCCUUUAGUUCAAAGGCUUCCACAGCUGAAGGUUGUGAUGGAGCAUAUUACUACUGCAGAUGCUGUUAAAUUUGUAGAGUCUUGCAAAGAAGGUUACGUAGCAGCAACUGUUACGCCACAGCAUCUUCUUCUGAAUCGUAAUGCUUUAUUCCAAGGUGGCUUACAGCCUCACAAUUACUGUCUUCCAGUGCUCAAAAGAGAGAUCCAUAGACAGGCUAUUGUUUCGGCUGUCACUAGUGGAAGUAAACGAUUUUUCCUUGGAACUGAUAGUGCUCCACAUGAUAGGCUUAAAAAGGAAUGUGCCUGUGGAUGUGCUGGCAUAUACAACUCCCCGGUUGCUCUGCCACUAUAUGCCAAAGUUUUUGAAGAGGCUGGUGCACUUGAUAAGCUGGAGGCUUUUACAAGCUUUAAUGGACCUGACUUCUAUGGCCUCCCCAGAAACAAGUUACAGAUUAAACUGAGGAAAGCUCCUUGGAAAGUACCUGAUUUUCUAUCGUUUCCAUUUGGAGACAUCGUUCCCAUGUUUGCUGGUGAAACCCUUGAAUGGGAAGCAUUGUCUUGUUGACUUGGAUGUCUAUUUCAAAGUCUGGUAUCCUUCAGCUUAAAUUACUGAUUGUUGAGAUGUGAAUUUAUGUAGCGUUCAGAACUAUGAGCUAGCAAUCUUAUUCUAAUGCUAUCAGUCAGUUCUCUGUUAGUUUUGAAGACAGUUCUCAUUUCCAUUUUUUAGGUCAAGUGAAUUUCAAUAUGAAUCAGAGCACCAACUGUGAUUCGUAAAUUAUUUGUUGUUGAGAUGGGAAUCUAUAUUGUAUUCAGAACUUUGAUUAGGUAUUUGUUCUAAUUUUAUCAAUAAACUCUGCUUAAACUUCUAGA